UAGCCUGCGCACGUGGUUCCUACCCUCGGUGGGUUCGGCUUGUCGGGGGCAGGUCGGAGUGCGCGGCGUCUCCGCUGUCGGCGGUUGAGUUUGAAGAGGAGAGUGUUACUGGACAUACCUGUUCCUCAGGAGGUGCUUCUCUGUGGCUGGUUGGAAACUUUUAAGGACGAACGUAUUUGAAAACUCAGAUCUGUGGAGAAGGAGACGUGCUGCAUAGCCUGGGAUUAGAACCACUGUGUGUAUUUUACUGAGUUUGAUCAGAUAGCGAGGACCUUUGCUACUUAGUGAAAGCAAUUUUAGGAGGGCCAAGCGUGACACAAAGCUGAAGAUGUUUCAGCUACGAGUUGUAAAAGGGGGCUUCAGCUUCCUGGGGGUCAGGCGGAUGGCUGUGCUGAAUGCUGCUCAUCGAAGCACUCAACACAAGGAUUACAAGCCCAUCAAGAAGGUGAUGGUAGCUAACAGAGGUGAGAUAGCGACCAGAGUGUUUCGAGCCUGCACUGAGCUCGGGAUCCGCACUGUGGCGGUUUACUCGGAACAGGACACCGGGCAGAUGCACAGGCAGAAGGCCGAUGAAGCUUACCUGAUCGGGAAGGGCCUUCCCCCUGUCCAGGCUUACCUGCACAUUCCUGACAUCAUCAAAGUAGCCAAGGACAAUGAAGUGGACGCUAUUCACCCAGGCUACGGAUUCCUGUCCGAGAGAGCGGACUUUGCACAGGCCUGUGCAGAUGCAGGCGUACGCUUCAUUGGACCCAGCCCUGAGGUUGUGCGGAGAAUGGGUGACAAAGUUGAGGCACGUGCCAUUGCUAUUGAUGCCGGUGUGCCUGUUGUACCAGGCACUUCAAAGCCCAUUACAUCACUGACAGAGGCCCAAGAAUUUGCGAACACCUACGGCUACCCGAUCAUCUUUAAAGCUGCCUAUGGAGGUGGUGGCAGAGGAAUGAGAGUGGUCCGCAGCUAUGAGGAGUUGGAGGAGAACUACCAGCGAGCUUUCUCUGAAGCGCUGUCCGCAUUUGGUAAUGGAGCCCUGUUCAUCGAGCGGUUCAUUGAGAGGCCCAGGCACAUCGAGGUCCAGAUACUUGGUGAUAAAUAUGGCAACGUGAUCCACUUGUACGAGAGAGACUGCUCCAUCCAGCGGCGUCACCAGAAGGUUGUAGAGAUUGCUCCCGCUGCCCACCUGGACCAGCAUCUCCGAGACCGGCUCACCUCCGACGCUGUCAAGCUGGCCAAGCGGGUGGGUUAUGAGAACGCUGGCACAGUGGAAUUUCUUGUCGACAAGCAAGACAAGUACUUUUUCAUCGAGGUCAACUCCAGGCUGCAAGUGGAGCACACCGUGACUGAAGAAAUCACUGACGUUGACCUCGUCCACGCCCAGAUACACGUGACCGAGGGCAAGAGUUUGCCCGAUCUCGGCCUCAAGCAGGAAACCAUCCGCAUCAACGGCAGCGCCAUACAGUGUCGAGUUACAACCGAAGAUCCAGCACGUGGCUUCCAACCAGACACCGGUCGUAUUGAGGUCUUCCGCAGCGGAGAAGGGAUGGGAAUCCGCUUGGACACCGCCUCAGCCUUCCAGGGAGCGCUGAUCUCGCCGCACUACGACUCGCUGCUGGUCAAGGUGAUCGCCCACGGCAAGGACCACCCCACCGCCGCGUCCAAGCUGAAUCGAGCCCUGGCCGAGUUCCGGAUCCGGGGGGUCAAGACGAACAUCCCGUUCCUGCAGAAUGUGCUCAGCAAUGACCAGUUUCUGUACGGCGCUGUUGACACUCAAUUCAUCGACGAGAAUCCUGACCUCAUCCUCACGAGACCGGUGCAGAACCGGGCACAGAAACUGCUCCAUUUCCUCGGUCACAUUAUGGUUAACGGACCAAUAACCCCCAUUCCAGUGAAAGCGAAACCUUCAACUGUGGAUCCUAUAAUUCCUCAGGUUCCCUUGGGUAAGUGCUUCACUGCUGCUUUAUUAUUGCCCUAUUAUUGUUCCAUCUUGUCUUCAUUGUAGAUUUCCGAGCCCUUGCUUCCCAGGGUGUUGUUUAAUAGAAAGGAACACAACAACAGUGUGAGGUGCUGCACAGUGGCCAAAUGUUCCUUGGAAUCACUUGGGUUUUGGAGUCCUGCUGACAGGUUGGGACUUGUAUACCUGAAGCUCCCGGAGGCACCCACACACAUGGACGGCUGCUGUACAAUUGCCCCAGGCCGAUCUGAUUUUCACUCGUGGAUGUCCAAAAUGCGAUUUGCGUGUUUCCGCCCUGGUGAGAAUGUGUCUAAAGCUGCCGCAGUUUAUUGAUGAGUUGCAGUUGCUUUUCAAGAUUUUGCCGUCCGUCUUUGGGAUAUGGCCCUGGGACACCUUUUGAGUGCUUUGGGAAAGGUACAAGGCCCUUUGGGAGGAAGAAUAUGUCCUUUGUUGGAAUUAAAAGUAGACGUGAAUGUGCAUCAAAUCAUUGAGCUGUCAAAUGAACUGUCCAGAGAAAUGUUAUGGUGUGGAGGCGCUGGUGUUGGAUUCGGGUGGACAGUGUUAACAAUCACACA